CAGCGUUGAGCCAUUCCCACAGUGAAUUUUCAACGCGAUUUUGCAUUCUUCCGCGUUGAAACCAUCCACCCUCCCAAGUCUUAACCUUAAAUUCGUUGUAGCUCUUUUCUUCAGUUUCUUCCUUCGUGAUUUCAUUUUCUUCUUCAGUGACAAAUUGAUAUCAAGAUCAUUGUUUGUUUGAGAUAGAGAUAGAGAGAGAGGAUGUUUGGUUCAAAGAAAAGUCCUUUGAGAGAUGCUAAACCUAGCUCUGUUGGCCCUGUUCACAACCCCUUUGAUUCUGAUGAAGAGACAAAAGACACAAAGUACAAUUCCUCUAAGAAGACUUUGACCAACACCAACCCCUUUGAUGAUGAUGUUGUUUCCACCGGCCACUCUUCAUCGUCUUCUUAUGCUCGUUCCUAUGCGGAUCGAAAUAGGUAUCAGAACGAUUUCCGCGACUCAGGUGGAUUGGAGAGUCAAUCAGUGCAGGAAUUGGAGAACUAUGCUGUUUACAAGGCUGAAGAGACCACAAAAUCUGUGAACAAUUGUUUGAAGAUAGCAGAGGAAAUGAGGGAGGAUGCUUCCAAGACUUUGGUGAUGCUGCACCACCAGGGUGAGCAGAUUACAAGGACUCACCAUGUUGCUGCUGAUAUUGAUCACGAUUUAAGUCGGGGAGAAAAGCUUUUGGGAAGUCUUGGUGGCAUGUUCUCCAAAACUUGGAAACCUAAGAAGACAGGUGCAAUAACUGGCCCUGUUGUUUUUGGAGAUGAUCCGGUGAGAAGAAAGGGCAACCACUUGGAGCAAAGAGAGAAGUUAGGAUUGACUUCUGCCCCUAAAGGGCAGUCGAAGUCAAGGACAAAACUUCCUGAGCCAACAAAUGCCCUCGAACAAGUUGAGGUUGAAAAAGGGAAGCAAGAUGAUGCACUGUCAGAUAUAAGUGAUCUCUUGGGAGAACUGAAAGACAUGGCCCUUGACAUGGGAACUGAAAUGGAUAAGCAAAAUGAUUCUUUGAACGGCUUUGACAAUGACAUGGAAAAGAUUACCAUCCGCGUGAAGGGUGCUAAUCAACGUGGUCGUCGUUUGCUUGGGAAAUAGGGGUGUAUAUCACAAGAUUGAUACUAUUUUUUACUGUGCAUUCAAUUUAAGGAGCUUCCAAUGUUCCGAUAUACUAGUUUCAAAUAUAGUAUUGUUUUUAUUUAUCAAUAUAGUGUUGUACAAUCCGCUUGUGAAUUUUUUUGUCUCUGAAAUAUAUAGUGUUGAUUUUGAGGUUA